CUUCAGUGAAGAGAAAGGGGUGCCAGUCACUGCCCAAGAUCCCGGACCUGCCCCGGGGACUGUCAGGAGAUGAGGUUCCUCAAGCAGUAGCCUAAGGUGUCUUUGCCUCCCUGGGCGGCCCCGCCAUCGUGGCGCAUGACGCCCCUCUCCCAGUGGAGACGGCUGCGCGUCUUCUCUUCUUGAAGACCAACCUGGGGCGUUUCCCGAGCGACGCCCCCGCCCCUCAUCUUCCCCAGCAGAGCACUGCCGAGCUGCUCUGCAGCCUGGCGCUGGAGGCGCAGACCGGUGAGUCUGACCGCAGGGUCCGAUGCCCUGAAGAGCUGCCUGUGGGAAGUCUGCGUAGAUGACGGGAGGGGGCACAGUGUUGCGUUCUAGGACAUUAGACAGGGACAGCCGGGCUCCAAAACUUGUUUCAAAAGAAUGAGGACAGUUUCUCAGUUCUUGACAGACUGUCAUUUUCGUUUUCAUGGAGAUGUCAUCUUCAUUUGCCCACUGCUGGAGUCACUGCCGGUGGUACGUGCGCGGGAGGGUGGGCUCUGGUCAUCGGUGACUCUGAGUUGUACCACGCAGCGUAGGGACCGCAGUGCUCCUUUAAAGUGUCAGUGGGCAAGGGGCCCUACACGCGGCUUGUCCGUGUGUGUCGGGGCAGCAGGCCCUCAACGUCUGCGUUCUCAGAGAGCAACCAGGCACCGUGCGGGAUAUCCUCAGCCACCUAGGGCCUGGGUAAGCCGUGGACACUCUUCCUGGAAAGGAAAGAAACCCUAAUAUGAUAGAGUAGCCACUUUAAGAGGGAGGUGCCCACACGCACACCAGUCUUCUUAGGGUCUGUACUUCGCCGUGGAUCCCGGGGUUCCCAAGAGCCCUGGUGGAGGGCACCGCCCAGCUCCUGCGGGCGUGUGAUCGAGGAGAGCUGGCAUGCCCAGUCAUCACGUGGCCGUUGUCACCUGUAGUUUGUUUCCAGACUCCUGGAAGCCUUGGGGUUUCUUCUUUCUACAGUGAAAGCAGUCUCAGGAAGCAAGAAAGGGCAUGUAUCCCAGUGACAGACCGGCCUGAGCUCCUUUAGGGUCGAGUGCAGGACCUGAGGGCGUGGGGCCCAGGUGCUGGUGGGAUCGGUGGGAAAAGAAGGAAGGGCGAGGCCAGAGUGUUUGGGGAGGGGCCCGUCCCACCCACAAGACACAAGUCCAGCUCUGCUGAGGUGCUGGGCCGCUGGGAGAGGGACUCUGAGAGGGAAGGGGGGGUGUAGAGACACCAAGGCCUAACUUGCACUUUGGCCCUGGCUGUGGGAUUGAGCCCGGGAGCCUGUUCCCUCGCUUCCCCUGUGUCACUGUGACUAAUUCACUGUAGGACGUUCGGAAGUUACUGAGAAUGUAAGGAAGCAGGAAAAAUUCACCGUAAUCCUUUCACUCAGCCUCUGUGAAAACUUUGACAUGUUUCCUUUUUUACCUUGAGAUCAUACCCUCUGUGCUAGUUAGUGUGCUGUAUUUUCAGUUGAACAGUGUAACAUGGCAUUUUCUUGAAUAAAGCUUCAUACAGAUUGUGUUCGGUGGUUGGAGCACCAUGAUAGGAAGUGAAGUCUCACCUCCACACUGCUCAGGUCGUGUCUUCUUCCCCAGCUGCUGGAGGGCAUGUCUGCACAGGCUCCCUGUGAGGAGAGGCCAGCGCCCCCGGGGGAGAGGCUGGGGCUAGGGCUGCACGUCUGGACUCUGCAUCCCGUGCAUUUGGGUGAUGAGAUCAGGGCUCGUCCCUGGACCCGCUCCCUGCCCCCCUGCCUCCCUUCCUUAAAUCGCACGUGCAUCUCAGACUUCAACGAGAAUCACCUGAGAGCAUCUUAAAACUGAGGCGUCCUGUCCCUCCCUUGCAGAUUCGGGUGUAGCAGGUCAGGUGGGGGCAGGGAUGUCAGGUGCCCUAACUAAAGCUGUCCUGGGGGCCAUGUAUUGGUCAGUGCCGCCAUCCCUCGGGCUCCUCCUGGGAGAGGCACCGUCCCCUUGCUGUGUGGCCUCCCCGCAGCGGCUCUCCUUGUUCUCGGAGAGGGGAGGCCUGGACCGGCGAGGCACCAGGGUGGGGGGGGUGUGAGGAGGACGAGGGUAGUGAAAGGGAGGAGAGGAGAAGCUUGACGGUCCCGAGCUUGGGGGCUUGGGCUCUGGAGCGGUGGUUCUCAACCGGGGGCAGUUUUGUCCCCCAGGGGCCAUUGGGCAACGCCUAGAGAUGUUUUGGUUGUCACAGCUUGUGGGGGGAUUGCUACCGUCCUCUCGUGGGUGGAAGACAGGCAUGCACAGAGCAGCCUCCGCAGCAGAGACUUACCCCGGCCCCAGAUGGCGGCAGUGCCGGGUCCAAGAACCCUGCGCCAGGUUGCGGUCGGGAGGGAAUGGGGCGGAGGAAGGGGCCCCAGUUCACCGAAGCGGCCAGGUGACUGUCCACCUGAGGCUGCUCCGAGUUGGACCAUUUCUUCCCUAGACUUAGCUGUGCCCUGCCCUGGCGACUCAUGGCAUCCUCUUCUGGCCCAUUCCCUGAUAGGUAAACUGAGACUCAGAACUGCUGGCUCUGAACAAGGGAAGAUGGGCCUCCCCCCGGAGAUCCAGAGUCACCUGUUUCAGUCAUAGCCUUGUACGUGUGACUGAGUCCUUUUCACAGACACACGUUGGGCCAGCGGCCUCUGUUCGCUCAUUUCCAUGAGAGGACCAGGGUGAUUCUGGUUUUUUAGAGGAACGUUGACGCUGUUGCAUGUGGACGAGCCUUUCUCGCAUCGCGCGGAGCCUGCUCUCCGCUGCUGGCCUCUGCGUUGGCUGGGUUUGCACAGGCGUGUGGGCCCCUGCCUGGUGGAGGUGUGCAGAUUUGAGGUAAGAUGGGGCCCAGGAGCAGAGCAGAGGUCAUGGACACGCUGGAGAAUCAGGUUUUGACUGUGGUGCUGUUCAUCUAACUGCAGACAAGGACGUGGGACCUAGGGCCGAGGGCACAGAGCCGAGUGCUGGAGGGGCGCGUGUUUCCUGCCAGAUGGGACCCUGGGGGCACAGGAGGCCUGUUGUCCAGUCCCAGUGUGAUCUUCCCGCUCCCCUUUCCUCUUCCGCAGAACGUGGGCACGCGCACACCGUUCUCUGCCCGCCCCCUUGUUCUUUCCCUCCCUUUGCGCACCACCUCCAUCCCCAUCGCUGACGGGGUUCCACAGGGCAUCGCUUCCCCCCCCAGCCCGUCCCCCCAGCAGCGGCAGGGCGUUUGAACACGGGGCUGGUGGCUCUUCCCUGGAGGCCUGGCGUGUUGUCCUCCCCGCCCCCGGCUGCUCAUCAGUACCCUCCGUUCAGCCUCAAGCAUGUGGGUGUUCGCCCGACUUCAGCCCCUGACUGUACACCAGGGCUUCCUGACCGCUUUCACCCCCAAAAUAGUGGCUGGGAGGAUGUGCGUACCGCUGGAGAGAGGCCCGCAGAUACUUGAAGAGGUGGUGUCCCCCCGAGGCUGGCCCGUUGCGCCUCGCUCUCACAGACGGUGCCUGGACCCCGUCAUCCUGGACUCGCCGCUGCCUCCUGAGGCCGAUGCCGCGGGACACCCCAAGUGCGAGACGGGAGCCCGGCCUCCGGUCACAUGGCCAGGGACCUGCUGGCCCUUGAGCGGGGGUGUCGGAGACAGGUGUCCAGCCCAGGCCGAGUGGACGGGGCGUCCUUUGGGGUGAGCAGCCCGCUGACCGCCAGUGGCACCUGCGUCACUGUGACGGAGCUGCUGGGGCCCCGGCCACCUGGACCCACUUCGUCUCAUGGAGCCUCGGGGUGAGAAGUCGGGAGAGGCCGACGGGGUGCGCGUCACCCCUCAGCUGCUCAAGGCGCGCUCAGGCGAGUUCGCCCUGGAGUCCAUCCUGCUGCUGAAGCUGCAGGGCCUGGGGCUGGCGGACCUGGGCUGCCUGGGGGAGUGCCUGGGCCUCGAGUGGCUGGACCUUUCGGGCAACGCGCUCACCCAGCUGGGCCCGCUGGCCUCCCUGCGCCAGCUGGCCGUGCUCAACGUGGCCGACAACCGGCUGACGGGGCUGGAGCCCCUGGCCGCCUGCGAGAACCUGCAGAGUCUCAACGCCGCGGGCAACCUGCUGGCCGGCCCCGGGCAGCUGCAGUGUCUGGCGGCGCUGCGGGGCCUCGAGCGCCUGCGGCUCCGCGACCCCUUGGCCCGGCUCAGCAACCCGCUGUGCGCCAGCCCCUCCUACUGGGCCUCGGUCCGCGAGCUGCUGCCCGGCCUGAAGGUCAUCGACGGCGAGCGCGUGAGCGGCCGCGGCAGUGACUUCUACCAGCUGUGCCGGGACCUGGACAGCUCCUUGCGCCCCAGCUCCGGCCCGGGCCCCGGCCCGCGAGCCGUGGAGGCCCAGCCCUGGGUGGAGCCCGGCUACUGGGAGUCCUGGCCCACGCGCAGCAGCUCCAUCCUGGAGGAGGCCUGCCGCCAGUUCCAGGACACGCUGCAGGAGUGCCACGACCUGGACCGCCAGGCCAGGGACAGCCUGGCCCAGGCCGAGCAGGCGCUCAGCCCCGCGGGCGCCACCUCCUUUGUCUUUUGAACGCGCCCUGUGGCCGUGGCCCGUGGGGUUGGCACGCUGUGGCCUCCCUGCUUGUCUUCGUGGUUUCAUCAUGCUGGCCACUGGCCCUGCACACGGGCCUCUUAUGGGCCCCCUUCCCUAAGCGCAGCCCCGCUCCCUUUCGCACCUCCCCUCCCUCUCAAACCUGCCUCAAGGAGAAUUCCCCACCCAUCCAUCAGGGACACACCUCCCUUGGACCCUCCUCAGGCAGCUGGCACCGUGUGAGGCUGUCCUGCACCUACGCUGUGCUCCUGGGAGGAGGCCCGGCCUCCUCGUGCCCAUAGCUGCUGCCACUCCUGGCUGCCUGAGCCUGAGGCUUAGUGGAAUAAACUUGCUUGGUCCUAAGGCUGAAGGUGAGAGGCAGGGAUGGCAAGCCUCCUGCCCAGCCCGUCCUGGGAGACGACGCGGCAGAGCUCGGAGCGUGGAAGCCGCAUCUUCCAGGUUGGCCUGUCCAAGUGACCCUCUGCUGUGCCCCCCCGUCCCGGGUCUCCCUGAAGCCUCCACUGCCAUGCCCACCCGUGCCAAUCCCCAUUAAAUACUCGUGUUUUAAUUUGCAUCGCUGCCUGUCAUUGCACGUGGGCGUGCUUCGUUUUCCCCAGUGUGGGCCCCUGAAAGCGAGCCUGGGUCCCUGCUGCCUCUGGUCUCCCCUGGGGAAGGAGGAGGAGCACA